AUGGUUAACUUUGGCAAAAUUAAUUUAAUGGAACUUCAAUUAUUCAACAGUUUGAAAAAAAAGGUUACCAAACUAAAUCUCCAACCAGGUCAAACGGUUAAUAUUUAUCUUUGCGGCCCUACUGUUUAUGACCACAUUCAUAUCGGCAACUUGCGCCCCAUCAUUAUUUUUGAUAUUUUGCAUCGCCUAUUAGUAAACUUAGAAAUUAAGGUUAACUAUAUUCAAAACAUUACCGAUAUUGAUGACAAAAUAAUUAUCAAAUCCCAAAAAGAAAAUAAAAGUGAAAAAGAGAUCGGUGAUUAUUAUACUCAGUCUUAUUUCGCUAACCUGCUUCGUUAUAAUGUUCUUCCACCCACCUUUUCACCACGAGUAACCGAAUAUAUUUCUCAAAUUCAUGAGUUUAUUAAAAAUUUGUUAGAAAAAGGAGUUGCUUACCAGAAAACAGGAGAAGUUUUUUUUGAGGUUAGAAAAAACCAAGCGUAUGGAAAACUUUCUGGGCAAAAUCUGGAAAAAUUAAAGACUGGCCAAGAGAAAAAGAUGGGAGAGAGAAAAAAUAGUAGAGAUUUUGUGCUUUGA